GAGCUGGACAGGAGUCGAACCCGUGGUCUAGGGCUUUUAGGGGUCUGCCAGUGGCAGCCAUGGGGAAGGCGCCGAAGCCGCCCAAAUUCGCACAGAUGAAAUCUAUGGUCAAGCCGAAAGCGAUUCGCAAGUACAAGGAAGAAGUGCUCAAUCCAUUCAAGAAGGACAAGGACAAGGCGAAGGAGAAACUCGUCAAAAAUGUUCCAAAUGUGUCGUCCGCUCUGUUUUUUAAAUACAAUACAGCGCUUGGACCACCUUACCAUGUGCUUGUCGACACAAAUUUUAUAAACUUCUCUAUCCAGAACAAGCUGGACCUUGAAAAGGCGAUGAUGGACUGCCUAUACGCAAAAUGUACUCCGUGCAUUACCGACUGUGUCAUGGCAGAACUUGAGAAGCUUGGCACUAAAUACCGCGUGGCGCUCAAGAUUGCCAAGGAUCCAAAGUUCAAAAGGAUACCUUGUACGCAUCCAGGAACUUAUGCCGACGACUGUUUGGUUGAGCGUGUGACUCAGCACAAAUGCUACAUUGUAGCGACAUGCGAUCGUGAUCUCAAGCGGCGUAUUCGGAAGAUUCCUGGCGUGCCUAUAAUGUUCAUCACUCAGCAUAAGUACUCAAUAGAGAGAUUGCCCGAGGCCACCAUUGGAGGAGCUCCGAGAACGUAAUAAUGGCCAUCAUCGGCUUUUCCUUGCGGAUGUUUCAUCGUCAGAAUUUUGUAUCCGGGUUCCAGUUUUUCUUUACUGCGUUGUGUUAGGUUACCAUCCAUGACAAUGUGUAAGAUGUCGCGGGAGCUGAACCGAAAGCAGAUCAAGCAGUCAUUGCUCAAGUGAUCACUUUUUUUGUU